UUGUUUAAAAUACGUUGGUUUUGAGUGAUGUGUCCUUAAUAACUGGUCAUUUUUGUUGUUUCAUUUCACAUUUUGUUCAUUCUCUGCAGUAUGGCGAAACGCAAAAGCAAAGGCCAGUAACAACUUAAUCAACACUCACUUUGUAGACGGUGGAUUCAUCAUUUCCUUUGCUUUUGACAAAGCUUCUGGUAUUAAUUAACAAAACUGACAUAUUUUUGUGUUUUACAGCACAUGGUGGAGUUACUGAAAUGGAGGAAAUGUUACUGAUAUCUCCAAAAGGAGAUGAUGUCGACACAGACUUUGACCAUACACUUGCAGCGGGGCCAUCAAGAGUGAGGAAUCAAUACGGAGCAUUCACGGAAAAGCCAAGACAAUCGACAGACUCCACUAAAGAAUUCAGAUUUAUAGUGCUUGGACAUAAUGAACAUCUUAUGUCUCAAGCAUGCAGCAUCAUCCUUAGGUUAGGACAGGGUGGAGAUACUAAUGUUGGAACAUGUGAGCUUAGGGAUGGCAUUGUUAAUGGACAACCGGUAUCUGUGGUAAAAACUCCAUCCAGCUGGCUAAAAUCAUUCUCCAUUUUCUCCUUCCGCCGUAAACUAAAUUCUAUAAAAAGUGAAAUUGAGUUCUGUCAAUCACUGGUUUUUCCUGGGCCUCAUGCCUUUCUGCUAGUGAUUAAAGAUGUCAAAACUGGUAAAGAGAAAAUACUUUUGCAAGCUCUCAGUGAAGUAUUUGGGAUUAAGGCUUUAGACUUUUGUAUGGUUCUGUUGAUGCAGGAAUUUCAGCGUAAGGAUAUACAAAAUAAUGAUUGUGUUAGGAAGUGUAAAUACAGGAACCUCUUUUUAAGGAACACUGAUCAAGGUGUUGAAAAGCUGUUCCAAAAAACAAAAGAAAUGAUAGAACCUGUAAAAUUUUUCACAUAUCAUUUAGACUGUUUUGAAAAAGCAAAACUUUAUUUUGAUAAGGAAUUUGAAACUGAGAGAAGAGAAUUGUUAAAAAUGAAAAAGAAUGAAACUGAAGAAAUUGAAAAACGGAAUGAGAUGCUUCAAAGAGAAAAUAAUCAACUCAAAGUACAGUUAGACAGUGCCCUAAUGCAGAUACAAGAGCAACUGCAAGCCAUUAAAGAACAACUGAGUGAGAGAGUGAGAGAUUUGAAUACAAGAGAGAAGUUACUGGAGACCAGAGAGAGAGAUCUAUCAGCUCAGAGAUACAUCCAGUCCAGUGGAGACAUCCAAUAUGGGCAUCACAGCAGCACUGCAGUUACUUCCCCUGGUGCAUUUGUAUACAAAUAUGAAAGAGAGGAAGAGACAGAGGACGAUUCAGGAGCCAGUGGAUCACAACUGAUCGCAACCAAAAGGCGGAACAGCAACGAAAUGGGCAAACCCAAUAUGUCUACAAGUGAACACACACCUCUACAGUCUCUCUGAAUUCUGAAGGCUGCAUCUUCAGAAAUCUAGCGACUGAACAUGUAUCAGAACAGGAGAAUGUGCUGAGGUUGUCUUCAGAAUAGCAUACUGUACUACCACACUACUCCUAAUAGUAUAUAUGUAUACUUUACACAGUAUGUGAAUUUUCUGUAUGUAGGGAUUACUUGGACGAGCUACAAAUGCACUUCAUCAUUAAAAAUUAUGUUCAUCAAUGUUCAUCUCCUUCCAUCAUGCUGACAGAUUGCUAUAUACUGAAAGACUCAGUUCUGACGUGUGUGAUUUGAUUCGAUGCUAGCUAC